CAGGAAAUCUUGAUUGGCUGUGAGCUUCAUUCACACAAAAACCCAAAACACUUUCUACUUGCUGUCUGGUGGACCUGUUAAAAAGUUUGCCAUAUUAUAUGUAAUGUAUGAAUCCAUGGUUUUACGUGUGCUUGGAUCAUUAGUUUGAGGGUCACACUAACUGCAGAGAAAAAACAAACAAACAAACUAUGGCGUCACGGUCAUCCUACUUUAUCCUGUUCCAGGUCAGCAUUAACAGCAGCAUUGUUGGCACCAGUAGCAUUAACGGGUGAAAACCAGGGCUCUGUUAGUGUUGGGAAAUGUUUUCAGGAUCACUCAGACCAGCAGGUCUGUCACAAACACUGGAUCAGGGUGUGAAGUCAUCCUGACCCCAAAAGAAAAGUGCACAGUGAGAAGAUGUAAGCACCAGGGCUCACUUUUCAAGCUUAUGCCUGUUUUUUCUUCUCCCAGCAUUCCCAGUUAAAUCCCAGCGUGGUGUCACUGAACUGAAAUGCGGCACAGCUUUACGCGGUCGGUACGCGAGUGUGACACCAGAGCUUGUUGGCGUGUGAUUUAACCGCCAUUUAGUCUGCAUGCAGCACAGCGAGCUGCAGGUGGAGCCCCUCCGCCUGAACUCGAGCCCACAGCUCAGGCUGCAGGGAGAAAACAGAGAGGUGCAUUGUUUGCCCAAAUCCAUCUAAUUUUGUUCCCCAAAUCGCUUUAUUGAGCAGAUCAGGCCCGAUUGAGUGGAUUACGAGUCGGCUGCCUGCUCCUUCAUCGCUGCAUCAGGAGGAAAACGUGUGCUGGUGACGUUAGUGCUGCCGGGGUCACGCAGAAGAAAGACAUCACAAAUCGCCACCACAGACUUCUGAAAGUACACAAAGUAAAUGACAAAUUUGGAAAGUGGAUGACACCAUAGUUACAGUGCAGGGAGGUAGAAAGAGAGUCUGUGGCCAUAGCUGUACAAAAAGAAAGAUUUAUGUCUUACUUCCUCCUGUGGGCUCCUCUGAGGCUUCUUUCUUGUAGUUUCUUUCAGCUUUGUGGAAGUUUUUCCUAAUUCAAGACAGAGGCUGUCGUGCAUAAUGAAAAGCCCGCUGAGGCUUCGUGGUUUGUUCCUCUGGGCCUUGUGAAUAAAAAUGACUUCAUAUGCCGAUAAACAAACGAUUUACACAAGAUUAUUUACAGGAUAAUAUCGUGUGUGUGUGUGUUUUAACAUGGUGCUAACGUUUCAUCUUUUAAGUACCACAUUUGAACUGUGACAGGAUGGAUGAAGCAGCAGAACAGAAAUGAACAGCUCACUUCCUGUGCAGCCCCGUAAGUGUAAAAAUCUGUUUUUGAAAACUUUUCUUUUCUCCUGACAGGCCUGUAGUGUUCAGUUAUUGAUAAAACAGAGAAAUCUUCAAAUCAUUUUCACUCCAACACAGCAGGUACAGCGAUGAGAGCAUCCUGUCGUUCAUCACAUGACUCAAACCUUCCCGCUUCUGACACAUGCAGGCUGCCGUUAUGUUCUGUGUUGUUGAGAUGUGAACUAAUCUGAUCGCACUGAAUUGUGGGUACUUCAGGGUCCAUGUUCACUGCUAUGAAGGCACCUCAGCCUAAAUCCAAAUCCUCGUGGGCUUGUGUGUGUGCGUGUGUGUGUGUGGCUUUCUGGAUUUCAUUUCUGUUGUUAUUUGUCAUCAGUUUUCAUUUUUGCUUGAUUUCUAGUUGUUUUUUGGGAUUUGUGAGACAUCCAGAGCAGACAGUUGGUCACUGGAUGCUUUUCCUGCAGUAUUCAGUCAUUUGGCAAAUAGCUGAUUUUUCUGCCGUCGUUUCCCUUUGCUGCUCUUGUGUUCUUUUUGCUUUGAAUUAUCGCUUUGAUUAUUUAUUUUUUUUUAAAUUAAUAAUUAGUCUGGUUCAAACUUUCAAACAACUUGCAUAUCCUCAGAUUGCUGGUUUUGUCGCAUAAUAACAAUAUAAAACAAAUAAAAGAAGCAAAUACAGAUUUUUUAAAAAUAAGGGAACAAUUAAUUGAUUUCAGACAGAUGAUCAGACAGUUUAGUAAUCGCCGGAAUGCAGGAUGAAUUUAAGCAUUUUCAUGUUGCAUAUGGACAAAUGUGAUGGCAGCUGCAGUCCGAAAUACGUGCAAGUCAGCAAAACUAAAAUGUUCUCGAUGCAGAACACCUUUAAGCACAGUCAGCUGAUAGACCUCGUGCAUUGUUUACGUGUGCACAUCGUGACGUGUCGCUGUGCUCACACUGACCCCGCACUGUUUGCACAGUGAAGAAACUGGCUUCACUUAAAAAGACUACACACUAAUUAAUGAACCUAAGAGAUGAUUCUGCCGCUGGUCCACAGCGUCAGACAGCGGACCGAAGUCUCCUUCACGUCUCUGACCAUGUGACCCCGUUCUCCUCUCACCCGCGUGCGAUCACGUUGCGCAAAUCAAACCGGGAAUCCGCAUCCACAAUGGUCACUUUUCACUUCCUCCAAGUCUCCCUGGAAUGCAGUCAAAUCCCUCCACCCGCUUAAACCGCCUGUUGCGUGUCUGCUCAGCAUUACAUCAUCCACAGGGCGCACUGGCCCUGCCUUUCCAUCACAGGAGCACCUCCAUCACUGGCCAAACAACCCCACCACCCCCCACCUUCCUCCCUCCCUCUGCCACUUUUAUGCUGAUUGAAAAGAAAGAGAAAUCUGUUGGAUGUAAUCUGGUGUGACGCCACUAAUCCCAACACUACAAAACACAGGUCCCGUCCACGUCGCUCCACGCAGACUCCUGCGACUCCUCGCCGGCAACUUCACAUCAGACAUCACGAAGCUGACAUAAAGAGCAGGAGAUAUGGCUGUGGUUAGUGGAACUUACCGCAUGGUGUCGGAGGAGGAGCAGGCUCUCAGGGCCAAGCUGGAGCGUCUCACCGUCAAGGACCACGGGCCAGUGUUUGGACCCUGUCCCAGCCUGCCAGACCACACCAAGCAGAAGGCCAAGGACGAGCUGAACGAGACUGAUGAGAAGCGGGUGGCGGCUGUCAAGGAGCUGCGAGGAACGAUGAAGGAGAAGGCAGAUGGAGGUGACGACCUGGCCAAGGGGGUGCAGGAUACGUUCGGGGAGAAACCAGACAGUUUGCUGGUUCGUUUCAUCCGCGCCAGGAAGUACGACGUGCCCCGAGCCUACGACCUUAUGAGGGGCUACGUGCGUUUCAGGAAGGAUUACCCCGAGCUGUUUGAGAAUCUGACCCCAGAGGCCGUUCGCAGCACCAUCGAGGCCGGCUACCCCGGCAUCCUGCCGAGCAGAGACAAGUACGGCCGUGUUGUUCUGCUUUUCAACAUCGAGAACUGGGACUAUGAGGAGAUCACCUUUGAUGAGAUCCUGCGUGCCUACUGCGUGAUCCUGGAGAAGCUGCUGGAGAACGACGAGACGCAGAUCAACGGGUUCUGCAUCAUUGAAAACUUCAAGGGCUUCACCAUGCAGCAGGCGUCAGGAAUCAAACCCACCGAGCUCAAGAAGAUGGUGGACAUGUUGCAGGACUCGUUUCCUGCCCGUUUUAAAGCUGUGCACUUCAUCCACCAGCCCUGGUACUUCACCACCACCUACAAUGUGGUCAAACCACUCAUGAAGAGCAAGCUGCUAGAGAGAGUGUUCGUCCACGGAGACGAGCUGGAGAACUAUUACAAGGAGUUUGACGCCGACAUCCUCCCCGCUGAGUUUGAUGGAAAAGCUCCCAAGUACGAUGGCAAGGCCACAGCAGCCAAGCUGUUCGACUGAACUUCCUUCCUCCCUUUGCGCCAACCACGUGAAGAGCCAUUAAACAUGUCAAAAUCCACAGGCUGUGGAGAAAACGUUAUGAAUGAAAGUCACGAGUGUGUGAGAAGUUUUCUCCAAAGGUCCUAAGAAAGCACAGCUAAACAGAAACGAGGCAGACUCGACACUAAUUAUCUCUUAUUUCUUUUUUGGUUGUUCAUCAACAUGAGUAUUAUCAAGUUUUGCCCUGUGCUACCUGGUGCACCAAUAAGAAUGUCAAUAAAUGUACAAUAAAUUGUAUAUAAAUAGA